GAGAAGAGAGAUACUGAAGAAAGAGAGAGGCGGAGAACGAGAAAGCAGAAGAGAGGAGGGAAUAGUAAAGAAUUCAGGAAUAGCCUUUUUUUUUUUUGGUCUACGUAAACGUUAGGUUUUCCGUAGAUCAAGGAAAAGUCAACCGCUUUUACGUUGCAACAACACGAGGACAGAGAGAGGAGAGACGGCACGGAAGAGCUUCUCUUUGUACUUCAAAUAAGUGGAGACGCUACUGCUGGAUCUUCUCCAUCGGACCGACCAUGGCUGCGGUUACCAGCCCAGAGACGAGCCCUCAACCCCGGGUAUAUUUCCAGACGGUAGCCUCCGGUUCAACCGAAGAACCGGAGAUACCUGUUCGGAAACAAGGGCGAGUAACCGUCAAAUAUGACCGGAAAGAACUAAGGAAGAGACUAAAUCUGGAGGAAUGGAUAAUCGACCAGCUAACGGCUCUUUACAACUGUGAGGAGGAGGCUAUACCAGAGUUGGAGAUAGAUGUGGAUGAGCUGCUGGACAUGCCUAGUGAUGAUGACAGAGGAGCCAGAGUUAAAGAUCUCCUGGUAGACUGUUACAAACCUACUGAGGACUUUGUGUCAGAUCUGCUGGAUAAGAUACGUGGCAUGCAGAAGCUCACCACCCCCCAGAAGAAAUAACCUCAACCCUGAGUCACCCCUCCUCUUCACCCCCUGCCUCCUCCCGCCUCCCUCCCUCACUCCAACCUCACCCCACAGAAGAAAUAGGAGCUUGGCUUCCUCAGAGAUGGAGGAGGAAGAGGGAGGAGAAAAAGAGGAGAGAAGGGGCAGAGGAGUAAGAGAGGUGAUUGAAGCAGCCAAUCACAUCUAAGCAGGGUGUAUGAUGUCCUGUGAUUUUUAUUUUAAUGUUUUAUUUAGUUUACAUUUAUUUAGAUUACAUUUUUUUAAAGGUGGUUUGUAUUGUUGUUAAAUGAUCAAGCGAUCGGUCAUAUUUCUCAUGUUAAUGAGUGAACAUAGCAUACUAUAUUGUAGCUGUAAGCCAAGCCCAGGAUAUAUUCUGAGUUUUAGUAGCCAAGCCAGGAUAUAUUCUGAGUUUUAGUAGCCAAGCCCAGGUUAUAUUCUGAGUUUUAGUAGCCAAGCCCAGGAUAUAUUCUGAGUUUUAGUAGCCAAGCCCAGGACAUAUUCUGAGUUUUAGUAGCCAAGCCCAGGAUACAUUCUGAGUUUUAGUAGCCAAGCCCAGGAUACAUUCUGAGUUUUAGUAGCCAAGCCCAGGAUAUAUUCUGAGUUUUAGUAGCCAAGCCCAGGAUAUAUUCUGAGUUUUAGUAGCCAAGCCCAGGAUGUAUUCUGAGUUUUAGUAGCCAAGCCCAGGAUAUAUUCUGAGUUUUAGUAGCCAAGCCAGGAUAUAUUCUGAGUUUUAGUAGCCAAGCCCAGGAUGUAUUCUGAGUUUUAGUAGCCAAGCCCAGGAUAUAUUCUGAGUUUUAGUAGCCAAGCCCAGGAUGUAUUCUGAGUUUUAGUAGCCAAGCCCAGGAUAUAUUCUGAGUUUUAGUAGCCAAGCCCAGGAUAUAUUCUGAGUUUUAGUAGCCAAGCCCAGGAUAUAUUCUGAGUUUUAGUAGCCAAGCCAGGAUAUAUUCUGAGUUUUAGAAUGAGUCCCAAAAUGGCACGUUAUUUAUUACCUUCUAUAGUCCAUUACAUUUGACCAGGGCUCUGGUCCAAAGUAGUGGACUAGGUUUUAAGGGUGCCGUUUGGGGAUGGGAGAGACUCCUAUGUAUAGUACAGUGUGUGUGUGUGUGUGUGUGUGUGUGUGUGUGUGUGUGUGUGUAGUCUAGACCUCAGUGAAAACACAGACCGGGGGACUUGACAAAGUGACCUUUUUUUCCUCUUUAGUUCUAUCUCUUUAUCACUGUUUAUUGUUCUGUCAGAUAUUUCAUGUUCCAUAAUGUGCAGGUGUAAGGCCUUUGUCAGUGAGGACUCUUGUAGAGAGAUUUCAGGAGACGAGUAAACCAAUGAGGGAGGGAGGGAGGGACGGAGGGAGGCACUGGGUAGUGGAAAAUGUGUCGAUGUGUUCAUCCAGAUAGCCACACACACACCCAGGGAACAGCAGAAACACAGACCACAGCUGCUGCUCCUUCAUACUCUCACACAGAUGUGAACACUGGUACACACACACAUAAACACACACUGGCUCUCUCUCGUCAACACACACACGGGAAGGAGGGGGGGUAUAAUCAUUGAGAGAGGGAUAAAUGGAGAAAAAGAGGGAGAAUCAGAGGUCUUACUCUUCCUGGCUUGGCUGCCUCACAAGGCCUUAGUGUUGCCAAUCAUGCAGCUCUCUCACUCACCCCAUGUCUCUCUUUGGCCCUCACUCCUUCCUCUGUCUCCUUCCCUUUCUACUUCCAGCAAUCUACAGAUGACUCCAUCCCUCCCUCCAUCUCUCUCUCUCCUCUCCCUCCAUCUAUCCCUCUCGCUCUCUCCUUCCCUCCCUCCAUCUAUCCCUCUCGCUCUCUCCUUCCCUCCCUCCAUCUAUCCCUCUCGCUCUCUCCUUCCCUCCCUCCAUCUAUCCCUCUCGCUCCCUCCCUCCAUCCCACCAUCCCUCCCUCCUUCCCACCAUCCCACCCUCUCCCUCCUUCCCUUCCAUCUCUCUCUCCCUCCUUCCCUUCCAUCUCUCUCUCCCUCCUUCCCUUCCAUCUCUCUCUUCCUCCUUUCCUUCAUCCAGCUCUAUCCUUCCAUCCCUCCAUCUCUUGUUUAAUAACUGACGUUGCCUUAGGUCUAUAUUGAAGUUACAAACCAAAUAAAAGGAGACGUCCAUUUUUAACAACAAUUUUUAAACAAAAAAAAAUGAUCCUGUUGUUGUUUAGGAAGAGGUCAUCUAGAGGUCAUCUAGAGGUCAUCUAGAGGUCAUCUAGAGGUCAUCUAGACCUCUUUACGUUCUUUUAGAUGUGAAUAUCUAUUCUAGGUCAAUUAUUACUGUGUGUACUAUUAUAAUACCUGGUGCGCAUCCCAAAUGGAACCCUGUUCCCUAUAUAUAGGGAAUAGGGUGCCAGCCCUGGUCUAAAGUAGUGCCCUAUAUAGGUAAUAGGGUGCCAGCCCUGGUCUAAAGUAGUGCCCUAUAUAGGGAAUAGGGUGCCAGCCCUGGUCUAAAGUAGUGCCCUAUAUAGGGAAUAGGGUGCCAGCCCUGGUCUAUAGUAGUGCCCUAUAUAGGGAAUAGGGUGCCAGCCCUGCUCUAUAGUAGUGCCCUAUAUAGGGAAUAGGGUGCCAGCCCUGGUCUAUAGUAGUGCCCUAUAUAGGGAAUAGGGUGCCAGCCCUGGUCUAUAGUAGUGCCCUAUAUAGGGAAUAGGGUGCCAGCCCUGGUCUAUAGUAGUGCCCUAUAUAGGGAAUAGGGUGCCAUUUGAGAAGCGGCCCCUGAUAACCUGUUGUUGCGUGUCAGACCUUUUUCUUUUGUUACUGUACGACAACUUUGACUGUUGAAAUGCUGUUUUAGAAGUGAUGUGUUUUUAAUAAGAAACUGAAGAACGAAAAUGUAGCGACAGGGUUUUUGUUUUACCACAAUGCUGUUACACUUUUAUGCAACUUUAAUAAACAAAAUAUGUUAAAA